UGAUAAUAUAUCUGAAAGUAAAUCAGAGAAUUGUAGUAACUAUAGUUCUGAUUAUAAAUCAGAUAGUGAAACUAAUACUAUUAAGAUUCUAGUACCCAAACUCUCUAAAGUAGAAGAACAAAUAUCUAAUAUAAUAUAUUCUACAGAGCAA